CACGCCCCCUCCUCUACUCUGUGCGCGCAGGUGUGGGGACGCGCACCUUCCCGGCUGACGGGUCAGCCACAGCAGCGGCAGCAGCAGCAUCAGGAGUAGCGGCAUCUGGCUCUGUGCGCGCCCCCUCCGUUCCCUCACUCACGUCCAGCAGCACUAGUCUGUGCGCGCCUCCCACGCCUCCUCUCAGCCUGUGCGCGCCUCCCCCUCAGUGCGCGCCCCCUCGCUCUCCCUCUCCGCAGUGUACAGCAGCGGGCAGCAGUCAGUGUGUGCAGCGGCGGCUGCGGGGCUCCCGGGAGGAGGAGGAGGAUGUGCUGCUGCUGCGGCUGCUGAGAGAGAAGAUGGCGGAGCUGCAGAUGCUGCUGGAGGAGGAGAUUCCCGGCGGCCGACGGGCCCUGCUGGACAGCUACACCAACCUAGAGCGGGUGGCGGACUACUGCGAGAACAACUACAUCCAGUCUGCAGAUAAGCAAAGAGCCCUAGAGGAAACCAAAGCGUAUACAACACAGUCCUUAGCCAGUGUGGCAUAUCUGAUCAACACCUUAGCAAACAAUGUCCUUCAGAUGCUGGAUAUUCAGGCGUCUCAGCUCCGGAGGAUGGAGUCCUCCAUCAACCAUAUAUCACAGACGGUGGAUAUCCACAAAGAAAAAGUUGCAAGAAGAGAGAUCGGAAUUUUAACAACCAACAAAAAUACUUCUAGAACACACAAAAUUAUUGCUCCAGCGAACUUGGAGAGACCAGUCCGUUACAUCCGGAAACCCAUUGACUACACAAUUCUGGAUGACACUGGACAUGGGGUGAAGUGGUUGCUGAGAUUUAAGGUCAGUACCCAGAACAUGAAGAUGGGAGGUCUGCCACGUACUACGCCACCUACUCAGAAGCCACCUAGUCCACCAAUGAGUGGCAAAGGAACUCUUGGGCGACACUCACCCUAUCGCACACUGGAGCCUGUGCGCCCCCCUGUGGUACCAAAUGACUAUGUACCCAGCCCCACACGUAACUCGGCUCCCUCACAGCAACAGAGCCCUGUUAGAACAGCUUCAUUCAACCAGAGGAACCGCACAUACAGCAGUGGCAGUAGUGGCAGCAGUCACCCCAGCAGUCGGAGCAGCAGUCGGGAGAACAGUGGAAGCGGUAGCGUGGGUGUCCCAAUCGCUGUCCCCACUCCGUCGCCACCAAGCGUCUUUCCAGGUACGUCUCCCGCCCCCGCUGGCACCACUCCCAUUCCUGUUACCUCCACACCUGCCCCUGUCCCCCAUGCUCCUGCUACUAGCCCUCCCUCCUCAACUACCCCAGAUGCUGCUGCUGCAGGAGCCCAACCCCCUGCUGAUGGUUUCACCUCUCCAACUCCCCCUGCUGUUUCCUCUGCUCCUUCUUCAGGUCAUCCUGCUCAGUUCUACAGUAUGAACAGGCCCGUGUCUCGGCACACCCCACCAACAAUAGGAGGCUCUCUUCCAUAUCGCCGUCCUCCAUCCAUGACCACACAGCCAACCCUUCAGAACCAGAUCAAUGGAGGCCCAUUUUAUAGCCAAAACCCAGAUAGACCUCCGGUUCUGUUCUGUGGGAUGCUUGUCAGACUGGUAAACAAAAGGGACAUGAAGCAGCCAGCAAUUGCAAGAAAUGUGAGGGUGAGAAAAGUGCUAGUGUCGCCUGCGCCGCCUCCGCCGUCCAUACUGCAGGUGACUCCGCAGCUGCCGCUGAUGGGAUUUGUGGCCAGGGUUCAGGAGAACAUUUCAGAGACUCCACCCCCGCCGCCUCCUGCAGAAGAACCUGUAUUUGAUGAAUCUCCCCCACCGCCGCCACCUCCAGAAGACUAUGAAGAGGAGGAAGCUGCAGUAGUGGAGUACAGUGACCCAUACGCUGAGGAGGACCCUCCUUGGGCACCAAGGACCUAUUUAGAGAAAGUUGUGGCAAUUUAUGACUACUCAAAGGACAAAGAGGACGAGCUCUCCUUCCAGGAAGGUGCCAUCAUCUACGUCAUUAAGAAGAACGACGACGGAUGGUACGAGGGGGUCAUGAAUGGGGUGACGGGGCUUUUCCCGGGCAACUAUGUGGAGUCCAUCAUGCACUACUCUGAAUGAUGACCUGACCGAGCCCAACAACAAACUGUUCCCUGACCACAGCCGCUGGGGCUCCUCCUAUUUACAGGGGUCACUGGGGGUCACAUAAACUGAAAAGGAUCAUUGUCAUUUGAAACCACUUUAUUUUUGUUUAAUUUUUUGUUUUUUUGCCAUUAAAAGAAAUAGUGAUCAAGUGA